AUGUCACAAUACUCUCAUGUACCUUUAAUUACUGUAGGAUAUCAAUGUCUUAAGAAUGAAUUGGAAGAUAUUUUUAAAGAAAAUAUCAAGAUUAAGCAAGUUAUAGCUAAUCAACCAAUAACUAAAGGAGGAUCACAAUUAAGAUGA